AUGAACAUAAGACUGGAAUUGAAUAAAAAUUUUAAAGGAGUCGUUUAUGCAAAAGGAUUUCCGCUGGAGAAAACCUGUCGUGCUGUCGGAACGGGUGAUACGCAAGUGGAUAUAACAAUUGAUACGACGGAAUGUGGCGUUCGUUUGGUUUCCAUUAACGAUGAAACUCUCACAUUGAGAGUGAGUCUCAACGUGCAAAUGGAUAAAUUAUUACAACAAAUAACAGAUUUGGAAGUUAGCACGAUUUGUAAUCUUUCUUUAAACGAUGUUAGUUAUAAUAAACGUGGCAGCAGCAGUAGCAGUAGCAACGCCGGUGGAACGAGACAAGUCAGGAAGGGUAGGAAAAAAGGUUCGGAUACGGAUAAUCAAAAGGAAAAUAAUAUUUUAAACGGUGUAAAAACGUGGAUGGAAAUCGAAGGAACUUCCGGUUAUGAUUCGAACGUCAUUGAUUGUUACGCAUAUGAUGGAACAAGGGACGUCACGCAAAAACUCAUUGAUGAAAAUGGUUGUCCGUUAGAUGAAACAAUAAUGCCAUCUUUAGAAUUGAUUAAAUAUGACGAUAAUAAUAAUGAUAAUGAUAAUGAUGAUGAUGAAUCGUCAAAAAUAACACUCGACGAGGACGAGAAGGACGAGGGCGACGAAAAAAAUAUAAAUAAUAAUAAAAAAUUUAUAAAUAAUAAAUUAAAAAUGUUAAAAAAUGUUAAAAGAAGAAACGAGUAUGCAGACGACAUUAAUGAUAAUGAUAAUAAUAAUAAUAAUAAUAAUAAUAAUAAAUCUCCUCGCGUUCGAGUCAUGGGAACAAUUUUUUCGGCAUUUAAAUUUCCUGACACUUCAAAUUUACAUAUGAGAUGCACUUUACAAAUUUGUCAUGAAUUUUGUCCGGCGGUUUCCUGCGAUUCAUUCCCGACACACGAUCGAACUGGAAAAUCAUUUAAAUCGAUGAGAAAAAAUUCUUCGACUACAUCAACGAUAAUCGAUAAAAUCGAAGUUUUUAAUAGCGUCGAAGUUUUAGCACCUGGAAUAGACGCGGAUGGAAUUUUAUUGAGUCCAGAUGAUGAAUUCGAUGGGAAAAUGAAUAUAAAUGAAAAUUCAUUUUGUUUAUCAGCAUCGAAAAUGGCUUUUUCAUUUGCCAUAUUGGGAGCUAUUUUUUUAUGCGGAGUCCUUGCCGCACUUUGGACGGUUAUGAGGAAUCACAUGAGAAAAGCAAAUAAAAUGGACGGAUCCGAACAAAUAUUGGUCGUUAGAGAUUCCCCGUUGAAUUUUAGAAAUACGAGAAAUAAAUCUUUUCACAAUUGGACUUAUACGUGA